AUGACUCGGAAGCGCGCAACGAGCAUGGACGCACCGACGACAGUUGAUGGCUCCUUGCCGCCAGCUUCGUUCACUGUCCGCGCCGUGUCAUUCACACUGCGCUUUGGAAAGGGUAGUGUAUACGUCUUCCACGUCCAAGUCGGAAGUGACCCCGUGCUCGUCGUGACAAAAACCCGGCGCGAGUGCAAAAAGCUGUAUGCGUCCCUGAAGCACUUUGUACGUUGCCCGUUGCCGCCGUUUCCUCCCAAGGCGGGCUUGCUGCGCUCUAAAGAGGUAUCAAACGCGGAGUCGACGUCGUUCAUGCAGGACUUCCUGGAGCACCUCCUUGCGAUUCCCGCCGUUCGUUCUGCCAAGGUCACGCAGGAAUUCUUCCUCGUGCAGACACCGCUGGUUUGCCGUCGUCCAAGUCUGCCAAGGCUUGUCAGCAUUUUGUAA